AGUCAGAUUCAUAUAGGAGUGGCGGGGAAUAACUUCUCAUAUCCUCAUAUCACACUCACAAAGCGACCCAGCAAAACUUCAAUAACCCCCGCACUUCUCUCUGGACAUGGGUUGUUAUGAUUGCUGUAUCCGGUGCAUUGGGGCAGUGCCCUACACAUCCCUGGUGGCCACCCUGCUGUGCUAUGCCGGCAUGGCCUUAUUUUGUGGCUGCGGGCAUGAAGCGUUGUCCCAGACCGAAGUUCUCGUCGAGACUUACUUCGCCCGCAACGUCCAGGACUUUGUGGUCAUGGCCUCCUUUAUCAAAUACUUCCAGUACGUGAUCUAUGGCCUGGCAUCGUUUUUCUUCCUCUAUGGUAUCCUGCUGCUGGCUGAGGGUUUCUACACCACGAGCGCGGUCAAGCAGACGUUUGGGGAAUUCAGGAGCACCCACUGUGGCCGCUGCCUCAGCUUGACGUUUGUCAUCGUGACUUACAUCUUUGCUUUCAUUUGGCUGGCGGUGUUUGCCUUCACUGCUAUCCCAGUCUUCUUCUUGUUCAACAUGGAGCAGACCUGCCACAACAUAAACCUCCUGGCUGAAACAACCCCCAGCAUUAAUCAGCACGGCUGGAUUUGCAUGGAUGCCAGGCAGUAUGGUCUGCUUCCUUGGAAUGCGAUGCCGGGCAAGGUUUGUGGAAUGACCUUGGCAUCUAUUUGCAAAACCAGCGAAUUCUACGUCACCUAUGAUUUGUACAUAGCCGCAUUUGCUGGUGCUGGGAUCACUCUGUUGGCACUGUUUGUGUAUCUGGCUGCCACCACAUACAACUACGCAGUCUUGCGGUUCCUGGGCAGGAAAGGUGUCCGCUAAGUGCAACACCUCCGUCCCAGUCAACCCCAUCCUCUGGCUAUGAAACGGAGACAGUCAACACUGGACGUCCAUUCAUCCUCUGGGAAACAGCAUCCUCCAAACAUGGAUCACCUGCUACAGUAUUUAUUUAGACAUGUCCAAUAACAGACACAUGUUUCUCGUCGCUGAUUUGUAUGAACAACAGACAGAGAGAUGAAGAUAAUUCACACCCAGCAUCCUCCUCCUCAAAUCCUCCUCUCAGAUGAUUCUCCUAGCUUUGUUGUUCAUUCUCCUCUCGCAGGUUGCAUCUCUCAAUGCAUUGUUUACUGCAAAGCUUCAUUGGUGCUGAUGCUGUUGUCAGAUUGUGAUGUAUGAUGUUUCAUAAAUAAUUAAGAGCAAUGACAGCUCGCCUUGCAAAUCAUAACUGCAUGCUCGCCAUUCAGUGUUUAGUGAUGCACAUAUGGUUCUGACUAUGAUUUAGCUGCUGCCUCAUUAUCACCAUCCUGUGUAGCAACAUUGUGUGAACUAAAGCAAGGGAGGCUGAAUGUACCUGCAUGGGUUUGGUGUAUCCUCUCAUCUCUUCCCGUGCUUUCACUUACAAAACAUGUACUUUGCAUUCACUCACACUGCAUUUUUGCUUCGUUUAAAUGCCACUGUGUCGGAGGCAAAGAAAGACGUGGAUCUGUUUUUCUGGAUGUUUUUGGGUUACUGCUUAAAACAAGCUGUUGAUGCUUCAAUAACGUGCCUCCAGGUUACUCAUGUUUGAUGCUACUGACUGAGCUUGGUUGUGUGUAUGCUCAUUUUUAAUUAUGGCUGAAUAAACCA